CUAGCUUAGCCUAGACCGAGGAGGGCUAUAAAAGGACCUAGGGCUUGCGGUUAAGGCACACUACUCAUCGGUACCUAGAAGCUGCAGUCUUCAUCAUGAUCAAACUGGUGGUUUUCGUCGCUCUGGUCGCCGUGGCGUCGGCUGGCGUGAUCGCGCCAUUAGUGGCCCAUCCCGUGGUGGCCCAUCCAGUGGUGGCCCACCCGGUCGUGGCCCACCACCCCGUGGCCGUCUCGCACACCUCCAGCGUGGUCCACCACGUGGCCCCAGUGAGGGUGGUGGCCCCGGUGGUCCACGCGCCCGUGGUCCACGCCGCGCCGCUGGUGCACCACCCCAUCCCGGUGGUGAGGCAUGCGCCCAUCCUCAUCCAUCAUUAGUGACGUGUGAUAAGCUGAAGUUGUCUCUUGCCAAUUUUAAAACGCCAGUGAUAUGAAAGUUGUCAAGUCAUCGGUUCGUGAAGUUUUUGGCGAAAUUAUCCAGACGCGAAACUUUUAAGGACUGAAAUCUUGUCGACUUAAUUAGAAAAGUUGCUUCACAAAUCUAAUUAUUAGAGUGAUCGUCCACCACCGCCCUCGGUUGCUGGUGUUAUUGUCUUUUAUCAUUUCAUAUUUUCUUAAAACCUGUGCGUCAAUUAUAAUUUUCAUAAUCUAUUCUCAGAUUUGAAAAUGUGAUUGACUACACUAGGCGGAAAAUAUGAAACAUAUAAGUAUUUCUAAAAUCCUUUCCCUUAUUUAUUACAGCCAACUUUAGUCAUAAUAAUACUCGUAAUAUUUAUGUAUCUGUAUUUGCUAUAAAUAAAGGUAUUCGUU